GCAGGACAGCCUGAGGUGGGGUUGCGGAGGCUGCACCUGGUGCUGGACGACCCCCUGGACACAGGGAGGCUCAGCCUGCCGCCUGCAUUCCAGCCACGCGUUGGCAGGGCUGUGUCCUGAGUGUCUGCUGGAACCUGAGUUUGUCUCCAAACGGCGAGCACAACGCAGGCUGGAAAUCUUGGACCCCCACUUCUAACGUGAUGGGCAGGAGGGAGACUUUCGGCCAGUCCCUCUCACGCCGGCUUCUGGCCUGAGCCGCCGACCGUGACCCGGAAGGAGUGCAGCCAGCAAGGAGCCAGGUGCGGAGCCCUCACUGGGGACCUGGGGCCAGGAAGCCCCUGGCUGGUCCCCCACAGAGCUCAGCUUUGAGGAUGGAGUCAGGAGAGGGGUCUUCAACAGCCCCGACCCCCGCUGCUGCCCUGGAGGAGCCAAACAUCGAGCCUGACUGCUCUUCCCCGGGGCUGCCCUUGGCAGCCCCGGGGAAGUUCCAAGCACUGCCCCUUGGGCCCAGAGCCCCCCGCAAGGACCCUGACCCCAGGAGUCCCGGCAGCCCGACCGCAGGGGACAGGCCCCCGGAUGCAGGCCCCGCGGGGGACCCCAGUGGUGGCGCUAAGAUCCCUAAUCGCGACAGUGGGAUCGACAGUCCAUCCUGCAGCGUGGCCGGCGAGCACUUUCCCUGUGAGGAGGGUGGUGAGGCCGGCCUGGGCCCCGUGGUCCCGGGGCUACACCCAGAGGCAGCCCCAGAAGGUGGGGCCCUGCGGGAGGAGGCCGACAGCGAUGAUGUGGGCGAAGGUAGCGGUGAGGAGCCAGACACUGAGAACAGCCCGCCGGGGGCCCGUGCGGACACAGCCAAGUGCUCUGAGCCCCAGAAGCUGCUCCACAUCGCCCAGGAGCUCCUGCACACAGAGGAAACCUAUGUGAGGCGGCUGCACCUACUGGACCAGGUUUUCUGCACCCAGCUGGCGGAAGCAGGCAUCCCUCCGGAAGUCACCACAGGCAUCUUCUCCAACAUCUCCUCGAUCUAUCGUUUCCACGGGCAGUUCCUCCUGCCGGAACUGCAGACACGGAUCACGGAGGAGUGGGACACGAACCCCCGGCUUGGAGACAUCCUGCAAAAGCUGGCCCCGUUCCUCAAGAUGUACGGCGAGUACGUCAAGAACUUCGACCGUGCUGUGGAGCUGGUGAGCACCUGGACCCAGCGCUCACCGCUGUUCAAAGAGAUCAUCCAGGGCAUACAGAAGCAGGAGGUGUGCGGGAACCUGACUCUGCAGCACCAUAUGCUGGAGCCCGUGCAGAGGGUCCCCCGCUACGAGCUGCUGCUCAAGGACUAUCUGAAGAGGCUCCCCGGAGACGCCCCUGACCAGAAGGAUGCAGAAAGGUCCCUGGAGCUCAUCUCCACUGCCGCCAACCACUCCAACGCCGCCAUCCGGAAAAUGGAGAAAAUGCACAAGCUGUUGGAGGUGUAUGAGCGACUUGGUGGCGAGGAGGACAUCGUCAACCCCGCCAACGAGCUCAUCAAGGAGGGCCACAUCCUGAAGCUGUCUGCCAAGAACGGCACUGCCCAGGACCGCCACCUCUUCCUGUUCAACAGCAUGAUCCUUUACUGUGUGCCCAAGCUGCGGCUCAUGGGCCAGAAGUUCAGUGUCCGGGAGAAAAUGGACAUUUCGGACCUCCAGGUGCAGGAUAUCGUCAAGCCAAACGCACCCCACACUUUCGUCAUAAUGGGAAGGAAGCGGUCCCUGGAGCUGCAGACUCGGACGGAAGAAGAGAAAAAAGAAUGGAUUCAGGUCAUUGAGGCCACCAUUGAGAGGCACAGGCAGAACAGCCAGACCUUCAAGGCCUUCAGCGGCUCCUUCGGCCAGGAUGAGGACUCCUCUCUCGCCCCAGAGUCCCCUGUGGUGAGUGCCAGCUCUGAGGACCCUGCUGUGGCAGCCGGCGGUGGAGGGGGCACCACGGGGCCCGAGCCGAGGAGAGGGUCUGCUAAGACCAGGCGCGACAAGGAGAAGCAGGGCUGCAGGAGCUGCGGCGAGACCUUCAACUCCAUCACCAAGAGGAAGCACCGGUGCAAGCUGUGCGGGGCGGUCAUCUGUGGGAAGUGCUCCGAGUUCAAGGCUGAGAACGGCAGGCAGAGCCGAGUCUGCCGAGAGUGUUUCCUGACGCAGCAGGUAGCACCUGAGACCCCCAGCCCUGAGGCGGUGCCCGAGGACCCCAAGCACAGCACAGAGAAGGCAGCGGCUGUGGACGCCCAGCCCAGCCUGCUCUGUGGUCACCUGCGGGUGUCAGACAGCGGUGACGCUUGGAGCGAGGUGUGGGCUACCAUCCCCACGUCGGAGCCCCUGGAGCUGGUGCUGCACCUGCAGGGAGGCAGCCAGGCUGGCCGGCCGCCACGCACCAUCCCCCUCUCGGGCUGCACAGUGAGCGUGCCGGACCCCACGGAGACUCUGGACACCGGGCAUGUGUGGCGGCUACAGCAGGCCCAGCAGGCCCUGUACCUGAGCACCCCGUCGGCAGAGCAGCAGCAGCGGUGGCUGCAGGCCCUGAGCGCAGCUGCCCGUGGAGACCUGGCUCGGGCCUUCCCAGGGGCCCCGUGAGCUGAGCCUCCGCCAGGUGUCCCCGCUCCGCAGCCACCACGGUGGGGCCUGUUGUCACCUGGGAGGUGGCGUCGGAGGCCGCGUGCAGGUGCAAAGGGCUCGGACCGCUGGGGGUGGACAGGUCACGGGGCGCUUGACCCUGAAGGGACCUCUCAGAAGUGGAGGAAACAGGCCCAGAGGGGGCAGCUGCCCACCCAGCAUGUCUCCUCAAAGAGCCUGGUUCUGCCCUCGGCCCCAGCUGAGUGGCCUGGAGUGAGGGUGCUGGCAGACUGUCUGGUGUGGGGCACCAGCUCUGGAAGGCAGAAAGAGCGACUUGGGGGUACCCGGGGCCUGGUGGAGGUCUGUAGUCCUGCCUUCCCUCUCUGCUGCCCCACCCCCGCCCCAUCCACACCAUCUGUACCCGUGAGCUGAACUGUGACCGGUGGUGGACUCCACCCCUCCUCCACCCUGUCCAGGCCCCGAGGCCCACCUCCCCAUUCGGACUGGCUGGUGGUCAGCCUGGGCCAUCCCUGUGGGACCUCCCUGAGAAAGUCAGCGGAGGCCAGCAGAGGCCUGAGUUGUGUGUGCGGCCAGCGGCAGGACCUGCUUGUCUGCAGAAAUAAAUGCUGGCAGCCAGCAGGUGGGCACAGCCUCAGGGCAGGGGCGCCAGAUGGGGAAAGAGGGUGACAGCACAGCUAGGCCUGGGGGUAUGGGGCCCACCCUGUGGCGCAGUGUAGGGCCUGGGGCCCAGCAGGCCCCUCCCCCUGGUCCCACCUGGUCCCCUUCCCCCCACACCCAUGACUUCUGCUCUCUGUGUGGUGACUGAGCACCUACUGUGUCCGCAGGACCUACUGGGCCCUUCUCUCCAGGAUGUGCCCACUUGACAGCUAAGGAAACUGCGUCCUAUCACCCCAGACCCAGGGGGUGGCCGGAAGUGACCCACUGGGAAUAGCAGCAUUCCGUGGGGUGGGAGGAAACUAGCCCCCCCCCACUGCAGGUGCCCAAGGAGGGGUCCUCACAGCUGCCCCCCAUGAGUUCUCUGAGCCGGGGCAGACCCGGCCCUCUCCUCCUGCCCACCAGCCUGGAGUCCCCACACGCAGGUUUCCACAGUGAUCCCAGUGGGGGGCCCUUUCCUCACUGGGCAACCUUGAGGGUCCGCUGGGAGUUAUGUUCCACAGCAGUCCAUCAGAGAGCCCCGGGGCCCGUGGAUUUUGGACAAGACACUGGGAAGGACUCCAGCAGCCGCAAGACAUGGUGCCUCGGGGUUUGGGAGGAACAGAAUCCGGAGCGGAGGACACCCCAGGGCGGGUGUUGCAGGAAGAGGGCUCAAGCCUAGGGCAGGGCCACGAGGGGCCAGCAGGUCACAGGUGGGGAGCAGAGCAGGCUGGAGGCCGCAGGGCCUGGCCUCCCCAAGGUGUCCCUCGGUGUUGCUCUGAGAGGUGGGGGCCACGGGGAGGGCCUGGGAGUGUGACUAGAUCUGUCUGGCAGCAGCAGGGUUGUGGGGGCGCAGAUAGAGACAGGGCCCCGGAUCCCCAGUGGGUCCCCAGGAAAACCCCUGUGAUGGGCAAGUUGGAGGCUGCAGCUCCCGGCAUUUAAAGAGAUGAAACGCCAGUGUUCUUGUGAAACAUCCUGAUAAAAGUUAGCAACUACCACAGUCUGAAGUCACAGGUGGGUGGCGGUGAGCAGCCCCAGGAGGCAGGUCUGUCCCCAGGCGCCCCUCCUGCCCUGAAGCCCAGGGCCUGGGCACACUCUCCUGCCCACCUACGGAGGGUCCUGAGGAAUGCCAGACGGUACGGGACAUGGUCUCAGUCCCUGCCUGCCUAGCCUGAUGCCACGCAUAGGGGCUGUGGUUGGAGCAAGGGGGUCUACCUGAGCAGGUGUCCACAGAAGGAAGGGUAGCUAGCAGUCGGAGCCCAGGCUCCCAUCGUGGGUGCCAGGGCCCACUGACCACCCCACCGUGGGAACAUGUCCCCUCACCAGGCCCAGAGGGGGAAAUACACUUGCCUGAGGUCACACAGUGAGGUAGGGACUUGGCUGGGUGUCGUCCACCUGUUCGUGCUGGGCAUUGCUCGCACGCCUCCUCUGUGCCACCACUGGAUUUCUGGGACUGGGGGGUCAGACGACACCCUGCAGCCUCUGGCCCUUCCACACGUCCAGCCUUAUUUUCUCCUGUUCCCCACACCCAGGUGCCCCCGGCUCCGGCCCUGGACCUUUAUUAGAACGUACCCGCCUCCUUCCCACCUCCCUGUCGGCCCUUUUGAGACCGUGCUGGAUGUACCUGUGCCCGGUCUCUACUUUUUGCUUGGAUACUUGCCCUUUUUAACCUGUCUCUCCACCCAGCACGGAAGCUCCCGGGGCAGCACGGUACACCCACAACGGUGCCUGCCUCCUAGCAGGUGCCUGCCUCCUAGCAGGUGCUCAGUUGGUAUCUGACAACAGGAUUGGUGAAGGCUUGGGGAUGCUGUUCUUUCCGUGUGGCCCCUGAACACCUUGGGCCUGGGAUCUUUGUUUUAUGGAGGAAACUGAGGCUCAGAGAGACCCAGUGGCUGCCUUCCCCGUGGUCUCCGGGACUCAGGAACAGAGCCAGCUUAUCCUUGGGCGUCUGGUCCCAUUGCAGAGAUUGGCACGAUGAGACCUGAGGGGACAGCAUGCCCCAGAACCCUGGCAGAGGGGCAUUUGGGUCCACUUGCAGCUAUGCCUGUCCCCCAGGGGGACACUGAGGUGGCAGGAUCAGCCCCUGAAGCCCCAGCUCAUGCCAGACCCCACAGCUGAGGCCUUGAGGUGCUCUAGCUGUGGCUCCCACACCUCCUGGGGCUGACGGUCCUGGCACCGGGCAUCCAGGGAGAGGGUGGGCUCGGCUCCCCCAGAGCUGUUUGCACAUAUCUGCAGGUGAGCCCCUUCGGAUCCUUCCAGGAGGCCCAGCUGGGAACCGAGGCUGUCAUGGACCCCAACGCCCGUUCCUUUCAGGCACCACCCCCCCCACACACAGGGCUCCUGGUGGGCAGGGUCAGCUGGUGGUCACCUCCAAUCUCUGACAUGGGGAGAAAAGGGUCAUGAAGCCUCCCAGAACAGCACCCGAGUCCUUCACACCCUCCCCCCGUGGGACUCUACCCCCUCUGCAUCCUGGUUCCCACCCAGCCACCUAGUGCACCCAGGAAGGAGGUCUGUGUGCCCCAGGUGCAUGUCCAUGUGGGCAGUGCUCGAGAGGCGUUCGGUCCAGGUGUAUCCACCUGUCAGCACUCUAUCUUUCUCCAGAUGAUGCAGCUAUGAUCCCUAGGGGGCUCCAAGUGGUCCCCAGGGGAGUCUCAAGGGUGCCAGGGGGCUCCAGGCUGUCCUGGCAGGUCUCCGGGUGGUCCCUGAGGGGUUCUGGUGUUCUGAACACCUGCUGUGAGGAGAGGCACGGCUGCUCCCUGACCAAACACCCUCGCACCCACCAGGGCUCCACUUUAUGAGGAGGGAACUGAGAGCCCAAAACGGUGAGUGGGGUCAGGGCAGGUUGUGGGGAGGAGCCAGGCGCCCACCCCACAUUCUGCACAUUCCAUCCUGGAAAAACGGCCGCCUCCGCCCUGCUGGCUCCCAGGACUGCCAGGCUAGGCCUGGCCCCGUCGGCUCUGUGGACUAAUGGGUGUGGUGCCCGCUUAUGGGUGCACAGAGCGGACGGAGGCGCUGAACCCAGGAAAGCGCAGCCCCCCCAGCCUACUCGUGGGAAGCCUUGUGUGCAGCACUCCUGGUUGGUCCCAGGGGGCCCAGCCUUGGGCGUGAGGGGGCCAGAGGGCCCUCCUGGAACAGGAAGGAAGGGCCUCCGGGGGCCCAAACCAGGCCUGGGGAAUAGAGCCAUCUCCAGCCUCACCUGAAGCUGCUGUGGGAGAAUGAAGCGUGUGCCAUAUGCUCUCUGUUGCCUGCCUUACCCCACGGCCACCGUCUGUAGGGACCAGCCUGCGGCUGCCAAGAUGUCCCCCACCAGAAUCCACACCGGCAGUACCUCUGAGGGGGACAAAGUUGUCCCCCUUCCUGCCAAGGCCGCUCUGCCUGCUGUAACACAUGUCCCCCUCCCUGACAGGCCCCCCCUCCCUGUGCCUUAUAAAACCCAGGCAAGCAAGUAAUGCCCCCGAAACACAAUGUCUGCCCCCAAAGGGGCCCCAGAAAACUGACAACUGAGCAGCCCAUCCAGGGUCAUCCCCAGAGCAGGAAGUGUGUGCGGCCCUCGGCCCAGAACCUACAGCAGCCUCUUCUGUGUCCUCCCAAAACCUGGACCAAGGGGCCACCGCCCUCUCCCGCACACAGGAGUGCGCUAUGGCUCAGCACGAGGAGGUCCCCAGGAGAUCAGAGCAGGGGCUGUGUCAGGUUUCUCUCAGUAGCAGAUCCUGUUAUGUGGAUUGAAUGCAAGGAGUUUAUUGAGGAGGCCACCUAGAAAGAGCUGUGUGGGUGGAGAAUGAGAUGGAGAAGGGCAGAGAGCCAACACAGGUGUCUCGGGUUGAAUGGUGUCCGUUACCUCCAAAUUCUCGUCCAUCCGGAACCUCAAAAGGUGACAUUAUUUGCAAUAAGGUCUUUGCAGAUGUUGCUGGUUAAGCAUAGAGCAGGGCCCCAAACCCAGUAAGUGCUUAUCAGAAGAGGAGAGGACAUUCCGGAAGGCCCCCCACGCUCCCAGGGGGAGUGUGGCCUUGCCCUCACCCUAACCCCAGACUCCCUGCCUCCAGAACCAAGAGAGAGUAAAUUUCUGCUGUUUCAAUCCCUUUCA